UUCGACUUCAAAAGAAGAAAAAUAUUCGCGACGCAAACAAUAAAAAGAAAAAAAAAUGCAACGAUGGAAAAACAUUUCGAUAAUGAAAGUAAUAAUAUGAUCUCAUGUUCUGGAUGUCUAAAUAUUGUCGAAGAUAAACAGUAUUUAUCAGCAUUGGGUCAAGAAUGGCAUAAUGAUUGUUUUCGAUGUUCAGCAUGUGACGCAAAAUUAUCUAGUUGGUAUUUUGAAAAAGAUGGCUUAUUGUUUUGUCGCGAUGAUUAUUGGUCAAAAUUUGGUGAAUCAUGUCAACAAUGUUCAAAUGUUAUAACUGGUCCAGUUAUGGUUGCUGGUGAUCAUAAAUUCCAUCCAGAAUGUUUUAGAUGUGAUUCUUGUGCCUCUUUUAUUGGUGAUGGCGAUUCAUAUGCAUUGGUAGAAAGAUCAAAGUUAUAUUGUGGAUCUUGUUAUAAAAAAUUGAUGAGUCCUUUGUCAAAAAAUACAACUGGUUUAGAAAAACCAUUACAUUCCAUUCGUUUAAUAGAGAUUCCAUGGAAAAAAGGCAAUAAAAGUGGCAUACGAUUGGCUAUAGAUGAAAAUCAAAUUGGUACACCAGUAACACCAGAUGCAGCAUGCCGUGGUGUUCGGAUUUCAGAGAUUUAUGGACGUGUAGGAAAAUAUGUUUUUUCCUUCAUAUCAUCAGCAUUUGAUUCGUGCUGUGGAAAUUAUAGGAUUGAUGUGAAUACGGAUCUAAUGUCAUUACAUGUUGGAGACAAAAUUUUAGAAGUAAAUGGAACACCAGUUAAAGAUUCAUCAAUCGAACAAAUUGAUAAUUUGAUCCAGAGCACGGAAAAAGUUUUGCAGUUGACAAUUGAACAUGAUCCUAUUGAAAUCAGCCGUAGUUGUAGCAAUCUUAAUACAACACGAACUACAUCACCAUUACAAACUGUUGAUAUCAAUAAAAAUUCGCAAAAUUUACAAAAAUCAAGUACAACAUCUCUUAUAAUACCAACAACUGUUUCUAAAAAGGAUAGUGAUAUAAAUUUAAGCAUUCCAACAAGUUCAAAUAGGAGCUCAUUAAAUGCAAAAAUUGUUAAUUUAGAUAAAACGGUAAAUGAACGUAAUCGUAUGACAAAACAAGAAAAAGAAAGAAUUUUUAAACGUAAAGAUGAGGGUUAUAUUAGUGGAACAAAGACAAGACAGUUAAGAAAAGCCAAGAACCUGAAUUUAAAUUGCUCAAACGCAACAAACAGUUUAAAAGAAAAGGAACGUUGUGCAAGUAUGUCAAAAUUAUUAGAUGAAAAUCAUGUUCCGGUUCCAGAGUUGUAUGAUUUAGCACGCACAAAAUCCUUUCGUGUUGAGCCAAAACCUCAAAGGAUUUUUCGGGCUUCGGAUUUAGUUCAAGGGGAAUUAUUAGGUAAAGGAUUUUUUGGUCAAGUUUAUAAAGUUACGCAUAAAGUGACUAAAGAAGUAAUGGUACUAAAAGAAUUGUAUAGAGUAGACGAGGAGGCUCAAAGGAAUUUUUUAAAGGAAGUUGCUGUAUUGCGAUCAUUAUCCCAUCAUAAUGUUUUGAAAUUUAUUGGAGUUUUAUACAAAGAUAAAAAGUUACAUUUGGUUACAGAGUUUAUACCCGGUGGUUCGUUGAAAGAACUAAUUCAUGAUUCGGGAUUACCUUUGCCUUGGGAACAGAGAGUAUCAUUUGCAAAGGACAUAGCAUGCGGAAUGAGUUAUUUACAUUCAAUGAAUAUAAUACAUAGGGACUUAAAUUCGUUAAAUUGUUUGGUUCGAGAAGAUAAAACUGUUAUUGUAGCGGAUUUUGGGUUAGCUAGAAUUAUAAAUUCUCCUUUGCAAAAUGCAGAUAAAUGGACAAAUUCUGGAGGAACGGGAACUAUUGGUAGAACACGUAGCAGACAAAGAAGACAACGCUAUACCGUUGUUGGAAACCCAUAUUGGAUGGCACCAGAAAUGAUGAAAGGCAAUAAAUAUGAUGAAAAAGUUGAUGUGUUCUCUUUUGGAAUCAUAUUAUGCGAAAUCAUUGGCCGUGUUCAAGCUGAUCCGGAUUACUUACCAAGAACUUCAGAUUUUGGUCUAAAUCAGGAAGUUUUUAAAGAGAAAUUUUGUCAAAAUUGUCCUAAAUGUUUUUAUAAAAUAGGUUUUCUAUGUUGUGAACUGAAUCCAGAUAAAAGGCCUCCUUUUGAAGUAUUAGAGGUAUGGUUAGAGACCUUAGCAAUGCAUGUUGCGGUUGGCCAUCCAAUGCCAUACGAUUUAGUUUUUGACAUAGAACACUAUAAAGGGCAACAAAGUUGCAGUUCUUCUAUUAGUUCAACACCAGAUGGGGUCUUAACACCAAAAUCUGCUGAUGCAAACAGUCGAAGUCGAGACGAUCUUGAUGACUGUUUCAUUAAUAAUGAAACUCAAAUUCAAAAUAACGAUUUAAUUGAUAAAUUAACAGAUCAACUUGAAAGUGCUGACUUAGGUCCUUUAAAUAAUAGUACCCUAAACGUUCAAAAUACUCCGAAAAGUGAAGAAAAUCAUUUUAUCCGUGACAUUCCAAAAUCGCCUCACUUAGGAAAAGAUUUUUCGCCAAGUGGUGAUCGUAUACGGGAUAGUUUGCGAGCUAGGCGACAUCAAAGAAUGUUAAAAAUGCAGCAAGAAGCCGCAGCGCAACGUGAAAAGGAUAAGCAGUCGGAGAAAGAACAGCAAAUAAAUUUUGAACUAGGCAAAUAUGAUUUAGAAUCAUUUUUAAGUUCGAAUGAUAAAACGGCCACUCCUUCCGAACCAACAAGUUUGAUUGAAAUAGUUAAAAAACCAGAUAUUACGGAACAGGUACUACAAGCAGUAAAAGAUAGUUUAGAAAAAGAUCGUGAAUUGCAAGAACGUUUAAAUGAAGACAGAGAAAAAAAACUUAAAAAUAAAGAAAAGGAAAGACCUUAUGGUAAAAAGGGCUUUAUUAUUAAUUAUAAUCGCGAUGGAAAUUUAUCUUUGAAUAACGUUAGAGAUUUGGAAAAUUGCUCAGAUUUCGAUUCCAGUUGCGACAAUAGUUUAAAUUAUAUCGAUGUUAAUUUACCCAACACAUUAAAUACUGAUAACAAUAUGAGUACAAAUAUUGGUAGCGAUGGAGUAAAUAUAGACAAGAAUAGACCUUCAAUAUCUAGAAUGUCAUCUUUAGACAGUCAGUAUUCUGAUUCUGGAAAUGAAAGUUUUGUUGGAAAAGAUAAAAGAAAAGUAACUAACGACCCUGAAUUGGUAAAGGAAAAGCGAACAACGUCGUUAUUUUCUAAAAAGUUUCAAGAAAACUCUGGAGGUAAAAUGAUUAGCCCUGAGCAAAACACGAAAAUUAAAUUAUCUCGAAAAGCGAGCCCUAGCCCAGCAAGACGGCCUCCUUCAGGUUGUUCAGUAUCGAUAUCGUCCCGAAAACAUUCUGAAACAACUGAUUUGAAUUUGUCGCCUGGAAAACUUAGAACAGCUGGUAAGAAUUCGUUGUCAUCAAGGAAAUCAGUGGGGCAGAAAAACACUGGUAGUAUAAAAGGUACAGGAAUGCCAUCUCCAAGUUUAAGCCGUAAGUCUUCGUUAGAAAGUUCUAUAUCUGAUGAAAAUUCACAACAAAUAAAGUCACAACGUAAACAAAUUCCUAAUGAAAAAAAUGUAAUUUCACCUACAUCAUCAAUUCAACGUGUUCAAGAAUCUAUAGCCGAAAAAUCUUAUAAAAAUGCCUUAGACGAUAUUAGAGCCAAACUCAAUUUGUGUAAAUCCAAAUUUGAAUCAUUGGACGAAGCAAGUAAACAAAAUUUGUCAAAUUCACAAACCUCAAUGAAAAAUUAUUUUAGUAAUAACUCAAGUAAAUAUUAUAAUGAAAAUAAUUCCCCAAUUAAAAUGUUUUCAAAACAUGAAACUAUACAACCGUCAGCAACAACAUCUGCAUCUAUUAGUGAUAUUGACAAAGAAAUAGAAAAUAUUAGAAAAAGUCGUGUUUAUCGUAUUAAUGAUACCCCUAUAUUUGAAAGACGUAAUUUUCGUAAUUUCUCGUUAUUUAAGCGUUCCGAUUCGGACGAUAAUAUACAGAAUAUAGGAGAUGAUACUACUUCAGUAAAUAUAAAAUUAGAUUACAAUAAAAUUCAACUUGAUAGGGGUGAUGCAAAUUUAGUAAAAGUUAGUAGACAAAAACCAAGAGUUCAAUCACCGGCUGAAAAAACUUUUAGUUUUAAACAGAAAAUAUCUCCAACUUUAGAUUUAAAACCAACAGUUGGUUUCCAUAAUUUUAAUUAUAAUGAAUCUCCAAAAAAAUUACUAAAUUCGAAAGAACUAUUAGAACAAACUCAAAAUAACAAAUCUUGUACAAGUAGUAAUAAAAGUAAUAAAAUACAAAGUAAACUAUUUUCUAAAUCAAAUCCAAGUAAUGAAAAAUUUGUAUCAAACAAAGGUUCUUUUAAUGAUUCCAGUACAAUAAAUAUUAAUUGUUCAAAUAAAUCAAAUGAUAAAAAAUCUACAAAUAUAUUUAAUCAAAAUUUUUUUAAUUUGAAAAAAUCCAAUUUUCUAAAACAAAAUCCUGAUAAUGCCAAGAAAUUAAUGAAAGGUGAGGAAUAUUUGUAUGCAAAUCAAUUAAAUAUUAAAGAGCCAAUAACAAUUGAUAACGGAAGAACACUUGAUAUUAAAGAUGAUUAUUCCUUUACCAAUACUCAAAUAAAUGUAAAAACAACUGAAGUUCAUGUACCUUUAAAAUAUAGUUUAGGUAAACAGAUAACGAAUUCUGAAACAGGAAAUAAUUCAAUUAAAAAUAAAUAUCGUAUUUCAAUUACCAGUCCUGAUACCAUUAGAAAAAUGAAUGAACGUUUAAAAGAACAUAAAUCUAGUAAUAGUAAUUUAAUGACAAAACAACAUAGUUCACCUAAUAAUCCAAAUACUAUGAUGUUAUUAGCAUCAACAACACAAAAUAUACCACCGCCAAAUGAUAUUCAACGUAAAUCUUUAUUUAAAACUAGUAAUAAAAUAAAGCAAAAUUCAUUAGAAAAUAAUAAAAUGACUUUAAGUAACAAUAAUAUAAAUUCACAAUCUCAAUUUCAUCAACAACAGCAACAAUCAGGAGUAGGAAAAUCAAAUUUAUUUAAUAGUACAAUCAGCACAAUAUCACGUGAAAAUGCAAAUAAAAAAUUAAAUCCAAUAACUUUUAAUAGAUUUGCAUCACCAAAUAGGAAAAAACUUAAUGAAAAUCGUUCACUUACAAAUAAUAGUAACAAUCCCACUAAUACAAAUUUACCUAUAGUAGAAUCCACUCCAUUAUAAAAUGGAUAAUGUUUAAAUUUUCAUCUUUUUGUAAAAUUGAAAUCCUUUUGUUUUCAUUUCGAAAUUUGACUAUAAAAAUAAUAUUAUUUUUUUUUUUGUCAUAAACCACAUACAUAAUAGAAAGAAUGCACAAAAUUUCUAAAUCUAAUUUUGUAAAACAAAAAAAAAAUGCCAACAAAUGAAUCUUCAAUAUUUGCUCAAUUUUUUUUUUUUA